UGAUAGAGGGCAACAUCGAUGUCCGUCUUUCAUUUCAGUCGCGAGGCAUUCUGGGUAAAGGAAAAGUUGGUGGAAAGGAAAAUCAUUCUUUAGAAUUUGUUCUGGGUCAAGACGAAAAAUGUCUCUGCUUUCUGCUCGUAUAGCUGCCUCUGUGGCCCGAAAUCUACCCAAGAACGUGACUCAGGUCGCAGGGGCAGCUUUCCCAGCAGCCUCAGCCGCUGUCCGUAAUUUCCACGCCACCCCGGCCAACAAUGGAGUGGAAAUCUCUUCAGUUCUUGAAGAGAGAAUCUUGGGCGCCGCCCCUAAAGCAAACUUGGACGAAACCGGCCGUGUAUUGAGCAUUGGUGAUGGUAUUGCUCGUGUCUAUGGAUUGAACAACAUCCAGGCCGAUGAGAUGGUGGAAUUCUCAUCAGGAUUGAAGGGUAUGGCCUUGAAUUUGGAACCUGAUAAUGUUGGUGUUGUAGUGUUUGGUAAUGACAAACUGAUCAAAGAAGGUGAUAUUGUCAAGAGAACCGGUGCUAUUGUUGACGUUCCCGUUGGUGAUGCCUUGUUAGGACGAGUGGUAGAUGCUUUGGGUAAUGCUAUUGAUGGCAAAGGCCCAGUUAACACCGGCCAACGUUUCCGUGUUGGUAUCAAGGCCCCUGGUAUCAUUCCUCGUAUUUCUGUAAGAGAACCUAUGCAAACAGGUAUUAAAGCUGUGGAUUCUCUUGUACCUAUUGGUAGAGGACAGAGAGAAUUGAUCAUUGGUGAUCGUCAAACUGGUAAAACUGCUUUGGCUAUUGACACCAUCAUCAACCAGAAAAGAUUCAACGAUGCUGAUGAUGAAAAGAAGAAGCUGUACUGUAUCUAUGUUGCUAUCGGUCAGAAGAGAUCUACAGUAGCUCAGAUCUUAAAACGUUUGACUGAUACUGGAGCCAUUAACUACACAAUCAUUGUGUCUGCUACCGCCUCCGAUGCCGCUCCUUUGCAAUACUUGGCUCCUUAUUCGGGCUGCGCCAUGGGUGAAUACUUCAGGGACAAUGGCAAACACGCCUUGAUCAUCUAUGAUGACUUGUCCAAGCAGGCUGUUGCUUACCGUCAAAUGUCCCUGUUGCUUCGUCGUCCUCCAGGUCGUGAAGCCUACCCCGGUGAUGUAUUCUACCUUCACUCCCGUUUGUUGGAGCGUGCCGCCAAGAUGUCCCAGGCCCACGGAGGUGGUUCUUUAACAGCUCUGCCUGUAAUCGAAACCCAAGCUGGUGACGUAUCCGCCUACAUUCCCACCAAUGUCAUCUCCAUCACUGACGGCCAAAUCUUCUUGGAAACUGAGUUGUUCUACAAGGGUAUCCGUCCUGCUAUCAAUGUGGGUCUCUCUGUAUCCCGUGUAGGUUCUGCUGCCCAGACCAAGGCCAUGAAACAGGUAGCCGGUUCCAUGAAGCUGGAAUUGGCUCAGUACCGUGAAGUAGCUGCCUUUGCCCAGUUUGGUUCAGAUUUGGACGCAGCCACUCAGCAACUGUUGAACAGAGGUGUUCGUCUUACCGAGCUGUUGAAACAAGGCCAGUAUGUACCCAUGGCAAUUGAAGAGCAAGUAGCCAUUAUCUAUUGUGGUGUCAGAGGACAUUUGGACAAGAUUGAUCCCUCAAAGAUCACCGUUUUUGAAAAACAAUUCUCUGAACACAUCAAAUCUCGUCACCAGAACAUUCUCCAGAGCAUUUCGAAAGACGGCCAAAUCACCGAAAGCACCGAUGCCGAACUAAAGAAAAUCGUUAUAGAAUUCAUCGCUAACUUUGCUGGUUAAAUAAAUGAUUUAUUUCAAUAAACCCUAUGGUAAUUAUCAAUCGACGAUAGUUGAAGAUUGUUGAUUAAUAAUUUCCAUACUUUCUUUAUUAUUAUACAUAUUUAAGAGCUAUAGAAUUAUAAGAAGGAACUUUUUAGAAUAUACUAUCCGUGUAAACCAUCAUGUAACAGCAUUUUCGUUAAGUAUUUUAUUUGUAUCAUAAAGAAGAUGAGUAAUAAAUUCCUUUUUUGUUUUUUACUGAUA